AUGGCCGAGCACUCCGGAAAUGAGGAUGAGUUGGGUCUGGAUAAUGUAUUCGAGGAACCACCGAGACCUCCAACACCUCCCCCGACGCUGACCACAUAUCAUCGGCAAGCGACUCGCUUGAAGUCUGAUGCCUCCGAAUGGUCGACGCUCGAUCUCCAGCUGGUCGGACAUCAUGUUCUGUGGGCUCAGCAUCUCUGGAAUGCCGCUAUCAUUCUAGCUGACUUCCUAGAUCUCAAUUCCCUGGAACUCUGUCGAGACAAAGCAGUCCUAGAGCUCGGUGCUGGAGGGGCACUUCCCAGCCUGGUCGCUGCUCUCUGUGGUGCUCAUCAGGUUGUUAUCACAGAUUACCCUGAUGCUCCUCUCCUCGAUAACAUAACCAGGAAUAUUGAUCACAACAUCCCCUCCCACAUACACCCGAAUGUCAAAGCGCAAGGUUACGUAUGGGGAACCAAUCCUGAAAAACUUUUCCAAUGCCUUGAUCGCACAAACUCAGCCGGUGAUUCCCUUGUAGAUGCCCGGACGGUCGAGAAGAACGCAUUUGACGUCAUCAUCUUAAGCGACCUUAUUUUCAAUCAUUCCCAGCAUUCGGCCCUCCUGGACACGUGUGAAUCUGCCCUUCGACCGGCCCGCAGGCUCGAAGAGGUGGCGCAGGACGAAAUGAAAUCGGCAGACCCCAAGAAGUUGAGCCACGAGCCAGAAAGGGUGAUCGACAUCAGUACACCAUGUGUGCUAGUAUUCUUCUCUCACCAUAGACCCCAGUACAUUUCUCGUGAUCUCGACUUUUUCACUCGUGCUAAAGAACGAGGUUGGAUUUGCGAGCAAGUGGUCCAGACAAAGAUGAAAGCAAUGUUUCCCAAUGAUCCCGGUGACGAGGAGGUUCGAUCCACAGUACACGGAUGGAUAUUACGUAGAUCGGGUGCAAUAGCACUAAAAUUGCUGGCCUUCCUGGAGCUUCUUAUCAUCCACGAGAGGUUCCGGUCCUUUUUUGAUGCCCAGACGCGGUCGCCGACACUGUUGCAGAAGCUCGACCCUGUGUGGAUCGAGGACGACCAAACACCCCUGAACCUCCAAUCUGGCUAUGUCGGUAUCUUCGACAGUAUUCUAUCGUACCAAAACUCCCUCCUAUUAAAACCUACCCUACCCAACAAUGAAACGCCGUGGAGUCUUUCGUUCACCCCUCCCUUCGCUCCCUGCAAGCCGAGUGUUACUUUGAAGUUCGCCUUGAAAUUUGUCGUUUACUCUCCGACAAUUGCCGAGACCAGUCUUCUAGUUAUGCGUCCUUCGUUCAUUGUAACCGCGCUCUUUGCUUUGGCAUCCACUGCUGUGGCCACUUUCGAUAAAGCGUGCCCUCCGCUUUACGGGUUGAAACCUCUAAAUGAAGGGUGUACCGCAGUCGUCAAGAAGGGGAUAUUAGGCAUUCCGUACUGUGAAUCUACAUGCACAUCCCAUCCUCAGCCCUCAGGUCAUUAUGGAAAGGCCAAACGUAACCAACCUAUCUUGGGACCGGAUGGGACACUCCAACGAUGCCCGUCUGCCAUGACUGCAUGCCCCAUUGACCCCCCUCCGGCUCUUAACGGCGACCGUGCAACGGCAACUAUUUCCCCUAACGAACCUUAUGAGUGCGUCAAGCCAUCUGAAGAUCUUUACAACUGUGGCGGAUGUAGUUCGACUGGCCUAGGUAUCUCUUGUGUUGAUCUUCCUGGCGUUCGUGGGACCAGUUGCACUGAGGGGAAAUGCACGAUUUGCAAGUUUUUCAAUUAUAUGCGUGCUCGCUUGGUUCCUGACGACUUGAUUUGA